AGAAUGGUUCAGGCUGGAUGAUGAGCUGAUGGCGUCAGAGGCGCUGCUGACACAAGCGGGCUGUUUCUGAGAAACCUCGUUCCUGGAAGUCAGGCGGAAUUGCCAAGCCAAAAGCCACAGUUGUUUCGGCUGCAGUUUUAUCGUGCUAGUCUGAUCAAACCCCCCUCACAAACACAAAGAGUGCUGCCUCAGCUCCAGCACCAGCACCAGCACCAGCUCUCAUCCCGUCCUGGACACGGAGAUUCGGUUCGAAUUCGGUUCGAGUUCAACCGGCGUGUUUUUUUCCCCCAAACUGAAGAGAUCUACCAUACUGAAACACUACGAUCUGGAUUCGGGUUUGUUGAAUAUAAAAAAGGACAAAGCAGAAUCGCCUGAGAAACUUUCAGAAAGCUCAAGGAAGCAGAUUUUUCACAUAAAAUGAUUCUCUGCGUCCAAGGUCCCAGAGCUCUGUUAGCAGACUCACAGUCUCAAGUGGUUCCACUGGGCGUUUCAGUCCUCUCUGCUUCACCACAUUGCCUUCGCAACGCAUCCAAACUCUGGGACCACAGCAAAGACCUACACACCAUUGCCAGCACCUUUUGCUACCUCGAUGCCUCAGGGUGGUACUGGGGCACCAUUACAGCCAGCGAGGCUCAUUCUCUCCUCGAGGCGGCUCCAGUGGGCACAUUCCUGAUCCGGGACAGCAGCCACCCUCUGUACUUGUUGACUCUAUCUGUGAAAACAGGACGCGGUCCCACCAACGUGCGGAUCGAGUACAGCCACGGACGCUUCCAGCUGGACUCCAGCUCACCAGCCCGAGCGCGCGUUCUCUCUUUCCCCGACGUACUGAGCCUCGUGCAGCACUACGCCACCUCGGCAAAGGGCAAAGACUCGGCACAGGAGACCGAAUGUGACCCCGUGACCCCUCCGGUGCCUAAAGAAUGCGCGGUGCUGCUCAAGCUGAAACGUCCACUGAGCAGACCUCAAGCGUUUCCUUCCUUACAGCAUCUUGCACGCUUGACUAUUAAUCAGUGCACAGCCUGCCCAGAUAUGCUGCCUCUACCCAAGCCUUUAGUGCAGUACCUACAGGAUUACCCGUUCCAGCUCUGACAUCACUAUGGAGGCGCACAACAGGGACAGCAGCGUCAUUCAGGAAAAUUACACAGGCACUUGAAGCAAACAAAAGCUCAUUUCCAGAGAAUGAGAUGGGACGUUCGGUGGAAACUAAGAGACUUGUUAAUGACUUUUGAUGAGACAUUUACAGCCAAGCAAUGCCAGUAUCCUAAUGAUGUUUAAAAGUAGAGGCAAAUAACUGACCUUUCUACAAAAUACACCACAUACUGUUUGGUAAAUGUUAUGGAAAUAAGAAGGGUAACUGAAUGUGUUGCUCACUAUAGCUUUUGCCUAGGAUCACGUCACUUAUUUAAUUAUCAGUCAGAUUAUUAGAAUUAGAAAUUCACACACUUCCUUUUAUGUA